GUUGUUUACCCUCGAUGAUGCCGCCGCAGUGUGCACCGGACACGGCGCUGGCAGGAGGUCGCAGCCGGUAGACGGGAGGGGAAACACCGCAGGGCAGGCUGUUCCAGAGGUUGCCAGAAACGGGUCUACAGUCCUCAGUCACCUCUGGUUCGGCCCUGGAAGACGGCAGCAUGGAUGACCGCGAAGAAUCCAAGAAGCUGAAUGGCAGCAUUAGACGCUCCUCCCAUCUGUCAGAGCCGCCCAAAGAGAGCAUGCAGCUGAAGAAGGAGAUCUCACUGCUAAAUGGUGUCAGCCUGAUUGUGGGGAACAUGAUUGGCUCAGGGAUAUUCGUCUCCCCCAAAGGUGUGCUGAUGUACAGCGCCUCGUACGGGCUGUCAUUAGUCAUCUGGGCCAUUGGGGGUCUGUUCUCUGUGGUAGGGGCCCUCUGCUAUGCAGAGCUGGGCACCACCAUCACCAAAUCAGGUGCAUCUUAUGCAUAUAUCCUGGAGUCCUUUGGUGGGUUCAUAGCGUUUAUCCGUCUGUGGACAUCUUUGUUGAUCAUAGAGCCCACCAGCCAGGCAGUCAUAGCCAUUACUUUCGCUAACUACCUGGUACAGCCCCUCUUCCCAACAUGUGAACCACCAUAUGUGGCAUCCAGGCUCAUCGCUGCAGCAUGUAUUUGCUUACUGACAUUCAUCAAUGCUGCCUAUGUGAAAUGGGGUACCCGCGUACAGGAUAUCUUCACGUAUGCCAAGGUGGCAGCUCUCAUCGUCAUAAUCAUCACUGGCAUCGUCAAGCUGUGUCAGGGUUACACGACCAAUUUUGAGUCAUCCUUUGAGGGAUCUUCCAGAGAUCCGGGAGAUAUCGCGCUGGCGCUCUACUCUGCUCUCUUCUCCUACUCUGGCUGGGAUACCCUUAACUUUGUCACUGAAGAGAUCAAAAACCCUGAGAGGAACUUGCCCCUGGCCAUCGCCAUCUCCAUGCCCAUAGUGACUCUAAUCUACAUCCUAACCAAUGUGGCCUAUUAUGCUGUUCUGGACAUCAGCGCUAUACUGGGCAGCGAUGCUGUGGCAGUGACAUUUGCAGAUCAUACUCUUGGAGUGAUGAGUUGGACCAUACCCAUUGCAGUGGCUCUGUCCUGCUACGGAGGCCUCAACGCCUCCAUUAUAGCUGCAUCCAGGUUGUUCUUUGUGGGCUCUCGUGAAGGUCACCUUCCAGAUGCUCUGUCCAUGAUCCACAUCGAGAGGUUCACUCCAAUCCCCGCUCUGCUCUUCAAUUGUAUCAUGGCAUUGAUCUACCUGACAGUGGAGGAUGUUUUCCAGCUGAUUAACUAUUACAGCUUCAGCUACUGGUUCUUCAUGGGUUUGUCCAUCGCCGGACAGAUCUACCUCCGUUGGAAGGAGCCUGACCGACCCAGACCUCUCAAGCUGACCUUGCUGUACCCGGUGGUGUUUUGUCUUUGCACUGUUUUUCUGGUGGCUGUGCCUCUCUACGGUGACACCAUCAAUUCUCUGAUUGGCAUUGCCAUCGCUCUGUCGGGGGUACCCGUCUACUUCCUGGGCAUCCAUCUACCUGAGUCCAAACGACCUCCUAUUAUCACCAAGCUACUGCGUUCCCUGACUCAGUUCACGCAAUAUACCUGCUUCUGUGUGCUCACAGAGAUGGACAAAAACGACUAGCCAUGUAUAUCUCAAGAACACUACAUUACCCAGCAGCCUCUGCAACCUCAGGCAGCAGGGGGCACAUAAGGGAUAUACACCUACUUCUGUGGGGAAAAGGGGAAUAUAUCUAUCUUUUAUUGAACUGUACACUGAUGUUUUCAGACUUCACUGACUUGACUUGUUUACAAUAGAGGAAGUUAUGGUAUAAAUGCACAUACAGUAUUCAUUUACACAGACACACUGAUGACACACUUGGAAUGGAAUUCAAGGGGAAUUCCAUUCCAAGGACAUUUUACUAAAAUGUCCACUUUUUCCACCAUUUUUUUCCACAUUUUUUUUUUCUUUUUGUAAGAAAUGUUUUUGUUUUUUGUUUGUUUGCAUUUCUUAAGAUCAUGGUAAAUGCAAUUCUGUGCCAUUGUAAAUUUCCUUAGUAAGAGAUGUUUUGGGGUAAAUUUUAUUCCAUCUUCACGUGCAUUAUUCAGACAGUAUAACUUUAAAUACUAUAAAAGAAUAGAAAACAUAAUUUUCUUUUGAUAAUUUAAGUGCAAUCCAAUUAUCCAUUUCACAAGACAGUAAGAUCAUUAAUUAAGCUAAUAGAACAUUUUAUAUCCAAAAACCUUUUUUUUCAUAUAACAUUAUUUCAUAUAAUAUUAACUCCACAUCUAAAAGCACUGAGCUAAGCAGCAUCGAGGAAAUCCAUUUUUCUUCAUUAAUAUGCAAAUUGAUAAAGCAAGGUGCUCCGUAAUCUGAUCAGGUCAUUUACUGUUUCUGACAUGGUGAAGAGGCAGAAAAAAAAUACAAAAUGGAAAUGCCACUAGGAGAUCUUUAUGAAAUGUUUACUUUUUUAGAGUAACAACACAUAGGUCCAUUUCAAUGGGCUUCUCCUCUUAAAUGUUACAGCUGCAAUAAGAACAUGCAACACAGUUCACUUACUAUCUAUUGUGGAUAUUAUGGACUGUUUGACCUCCAUUAUAAGUAAUUUGCCUUUGUAGUCAUACACUGUUUUUAUUUUGAACACGUCUUUUAAAAACGUGAUGUGCCUGUGAGGUUAAAUGCCUGUUUUCAUCCCAGCAGUAGCUGCCACAGAGACCCAAUGAUGCAGAGAUCUUUAUACUGAGGCUUUUGCCUUGUCUGACCUGGAAAGUGAUGUUGUGUGUAGUGUGUGUGUGAACAGGAAGAGAUAAUGUUGCGUAUUGAGAGUCAAACUAUUGUAAAUGGUCUAUUUAAUCCCUUGCCUGAAGGGGAAAAAAGGGAACAGAAUAUGUGUACUCAACUGCUGAAUGUUGAGUUUGCAUCUUAGGAGAGUUGUUGCCUUAUUUGACUUUAUGUUACUUGGUGCCAUGUUACCUCUCCAAGGGUUUGGUGUGUUGUCCAUCUUUCAUUUUAGAAACUGACCCUUAAUGUUACUUUGUUUAAAACAAUAUCUUAGUUUAAUUUUCAGUUGGUAUUUUCAGUGUUGUCCGUCAGUCAUUUCAGGCAUUUGGAGAUGAGUGUAUUUUCAAUCAAGUCCAUUUAGUUUGUUGAAGUGCUUUAAGUCAGAGGUAACCUGAACAUGCUGGGACUGUUAUGUUCACUGUCAACAAGCUGACAUUUGGCUUGAACAUUAUGCAAUCUAUUCUAUUUCUUUAGAGGGCGGUCAACUAUUCAAAGACCUUCAAACUUGGGCGAAAACAGUAUUUGACUAAAUUACUGUUUUGGGGAAUCUUGUAACUUUUGUCAUUGGAUUGAUGAAACGUGUCUGGCAAGAAAAGAGGGAAUUCAGUUGUGUGAGGCUUGCUGAUCAUCAAGCAAAUUAAGGAUUUGAUAAUUCUCUGGGUUCAGGUCAGACUCACAUAUUUGAUGUGAAGUACCUUUGCGCUAAGGUUUGGUGCUGGACCUCUAACAUCCAAAGCUUUCACAUUGGCCGACCUCACUGGCCUGGCUCAGAGAAAUCACACUGUGCUAUAUAGCUUCAGGAAAUUACAAAGAAAUGCUGUCUUAGUACCUUUGCCAAAGUUUUCCUCAUAUUUUCUAAUUUGUUUUUUUACCACGUUGUCUUGUAGGAACUGCAAAGCAUCAUGAGAGGGGGAAACAAAAUUCAGGCGAGUUCCAUUGCAUCUUAAAUCUUUAGGAUCAGACAUUCAAUCCCAGGCUGAAGUGUUUAGUAGUUUUAUCUAAUUUAUUAUAUGAUUUAUCAAUAAAAAAAUUAUUGUGACUUAAAAGAA